AGUUCAGUUCGUUUUUAUCUCUUAUUGUUGUUGUUUGUUUGGUCUCGGUUGACUUCUCUAUUAUUCGCUGUCUCUGUUCGCUUUUUUUCUCAUCACCAGAAGAUGUCCCACAGAGUCGCAGAGUACCCCAAAAGAAAGCUAUCCAACCAGCCGUUUGUGGCCCAGAUAGACAUGAUCGAAAAGCUUUUGAUCGAGAAACAGAAUCAGCCAGCCCCUUCGUAUACUUCCAACUCCAAACCCUUGGCUGCCAAAAAGGGGUUUUCGAAGACCUAUUCUUCUUCCUAUGGCCAUCACCAUUCUCAGCCCCAGCACUCGGUCUCCAGAGGCUCUACUUUCGUAUACGACCAGCAAAAAUACGAUCAGAAGUUCGACCAUACUAAGCCUGUAACAGCAUCUUCGCCUUAUGGAGUAAUGAAUCUAAACCAAGAGAGACCCACUCAGUUCGGUCUUUCUGUGCAGAUUCCUAACCAGACCCAGACCCACCAAGCUUAUACUGGUCCUUCUAUGGUUCAACAGCAGUCCCAAAUCCCCAGUUCUGCUACUACCUCCAUGGGAUCGUCGGGAUCGUCUCCCACGAUACCCUCAAAGAGGCUCGGCUUCUCCAGCAUAUCCUCAGGCUCAUCUUCCACGAGCACUGAGAAUGUCUCGCAGCCAGACCAAAGUCUCUGGGGAACUAGCAAGGUCCAGAUGUUCGAUCCCUUCAAGCCCGUCGAGUUGUCCAGCAGCGGCUACUCGUCAGUUUCAGCGGCCCAUCAGUCAGUGUUCACUUCUACCUCUUCCGGAACUUCCUCAUUCGGUUUAUCAGAGAUCUCGGGCUUCAAGUCCAAUAACGAGAUGUUCAGCUCGGGUUCGUCCAGCAUUUGGGCCAGCGGAAACAGCGGUUCUCGUGUUUUCAAUGACGCUACAGUUUGGGGUUAGUUGAAGCUUAGACUUUCGUUUCACUUCCAUUUAUCGUUUGAAAAUUUAAUUUUUGUUUUUAUUUGUUAUUUUUGUUUUUUGUUGUUAUUGUCGCUAUUGAUGUUCGAGAGUUGUCUCGACGUUCACUUCAUAAAAGGAAAUUGUUUGCCUUGUUUGGGAGGUUUAAUUAAUAUUGUUGAUUUAGAUAAAGCGGUUGGUCUACGUGCUAUUUGCUGACGUUAAUUAUUGAGUGAGUUUUUUUUACUAUUAUUUGUUGUUGUUGUGUCUUAUUAUUAUAUCGGUUAUUGAGUUCAAUCCUUUAAUUUGUCAAUGUUACUGGGUCGCCUUGGUGCCAUGCAUCGUUUGGUGCUUUACAUUAAUUUGGUUAUUCAAAAAGAGAAUACAAAAAGUGAAUGAAUUGCAAAAGCUAAAAGAAAGGUGUGAUUUAUUCAUUACGCGGGAGGUCGUUGACUGUUCUUACAUUGUCACUGAAGUAUGGUAUUUUUGCUUCCAGAAUUGUUAGACUAGUGUUGUUUUGGUAUAGUUGUGCCGCGGAUUCGUCUGUGUAUGAUGUAUUAUUAUCUAUGCCGUG